AUGGGGAGGAAGAAAGGCAGGGGCGGGAUUGCGACUGCUGGUUUUACAGGCGGGACGGACAAAGCCGGCGGCAGCGGCAACACGAGUGACGGAUGGGAUUGGCUUCAGCUGAAAGGGAAAACGCCAGCCAGCACAAGCAGCGCGGAUCCUUCCGGCGGCGCCAAGAGCGCAGGAAAACGCGGCGGAAAGUCCGCUGGUGGGACGAUGCAACCCUUAAAAUCCGGGCGGAACACGUCGGCAGUUGCGAAAGCGAGCGACGGCAAGCCGGCGGCGACUUUCGUUAAAGGCACUUCGCUGGCGGUUUCAGGCGGCAAAGGCGCGUCGGGCCCGUCCGUGAAGAGCGGAAAGGGGAGCGCGACAGGGAAGGCUCCCCAGGUAGCCGCACCAGUAGCGGCAGCGGCAGCAGUAGCAGCAGCAGCGGCGGCGGCGGCGGCGGCGGCUGGGGUGGCGGGAGCGGGAGCGGUAGCGGCAGGUAGAGCGGUGCAGGGUAAAAGUGGUGCUGUGAAAACUGUAUCCCCGAUUCUCACCACCACCAGCACCGGCGAUCUAAGCGCCGCUGCCGCUGCCGCUGUCGCUGCUACUGCUGCUGGGAAUCCCGGUGGAGGUGGGGGGGGCAGCAGUGGCGGACGGCAGAGGAGGCGCGGCAAGUGGAGGGUGGUGGACGGGCCGCAGCUGGCGCCGCUGCUGGAGCUGCUGACUAGAGUGGCACAGGAGAGCGCUCAGCAUCGCUCUGAGGAGGGGAGCGGAAGGGAAGCGGAACGGAGGGGCGUGGAAAGGCAAGGGGAUGCGUCGCAGGGAAGAGCAGAUGCGGAUGGAAUGGCGAUAGCAGUGCCAGCUGCAGCAGCUGGGGGGGCUGCAGCAGCAGAGGGCGCUGCAGCAGGAGCAGCAGCAGCCGGAGGUGGGGGGGCAGCAGCACGUGAAUCAGCAUCAACGGCUACGCUUCCUUCCCCACCCGGACCCCCUCCCGUGCUGCUGUGUGGCCUGCGCUCUGUCACCCGCCUCCUCCUAUCCCUCGCCUCCUCCCCCUCCCCUGCUUCCUCCGCCCCCUCGCCCGCUCCCUCCUCCUCCUCCUGCUCCCCCGCUCUCUCCUCCCAGGGGACUAUACAGCGUGAGACAUGGAGCAAGCGGCGCAAAGCCUCAGGCAAGGGGGCAGGCAAGGGCGCACACAAGGGUGUGUUAGGUGUUACUUCCCAGAUUCCGUCUGCUGGCGAUGGCUGUGCUGCUGUUGCUGUGGUUGGUCGCCCAACCGGAGUGGAGGCUGAGUGGGAUGGCAGUGGGAAGAAGAGGCGGAGAGAGAGCAGCACGGGAGACGGUGCAGGUGAAGGCGGAAGUUCUGGAGCGAUGGAAGAGGAGAGGAAGGGAGAGGACAGAAAUCUUACUCGGGGAGUAUCAGAUCCCAUCGAAUCAAGCCCAGCAGCAUCACAGCCAGCAGCAUCACCACCAGCAGCAAGCGAGAAACGAACUGAAUUGGCGGAGCCAGGCGCAGUGGGGGGGAGAGCAAGGGUUGGGGGGGUUGUUCCCCCGCUGCUUGUGGUGGCAGCAGCAGAUGUGUUCCCUCGAGUGCUCACGGCACACCUGCCAGAGCUAGCCGCUGCCACGGCUGUGCCUCUCGUGCUAAUCGCUGCCGCCACUCCCACCGCUUCUGCCGCUGCCUCACUGCUCCUCGCCCAAACUCUCCGCCUCCCCUGCCGCUCCACCGCUGCGUUUGCCAUCAUGCCUGGGUGUGCUGCAGUGGAGAAGACAGCAGAGGCCAUUGCACUCCAGUAUGCCACCACCACCACCCAUGCCACAGACGCUGCUUGA